AUGGACACGAUGACGGGGAUACUCGUUUGGUAUGGCAGUACCGUACACCCGGCCCUAGUGCUCGUUUUGUGUAUUGCAGGAUCCCUUGGUCAUCUUCUAUCAAUCGCCACCCUCUCCAGAAUGGUCAACCCAACAAACACACUGCUGAUCAGCAUGUCGUGUUGUCAACUCGCAUUGUGCGCCAACUUCCUCUACGCCACCCUCUUCAAAUGGGCCAGCGAUGAGUUGUGCUCACCGCUAUUCUUUUCGCAGUUAAUGGCCCGAACAAUGCACGCCUCGGUGACGCUGUCCGUGCUAGUGCACAUGACCGGCGUGUUUCACGUGGUGGCGUUAUCGAUAAUAAGAUACUGCUCCCUGCGCCGUCUCACCGGCAUCAACUCGUCCCUUCCCUGGUUCACCCAGACGAAAUGCCGCGUGUCCCUAAUUAUCAUCUACUCGCUCGCGGCUUUGAUUGGGUGGCCCGUGUAUUUUACGAAUGAUAUUGUCGAGGUCCCCGAAAAAGAGGGGUGCGCGGCGAAAUUCCCGCAGCUCGCCAACGUCAGCUCCUACGAGCUGUCAUUCACGAAAAACUACACGCUACAAACGGUGUGCCACUGGCUGUUUAACCUCUGCGCCAAGCUCGGCCCCAGUGCGAUCCUAUGCGUGAUGACGCUACUGAUAUUGAGGCAGUUGAAAGAGAUUAGAAAAAUCAGUGCUCGUUUCUCUACACUUGAAAGGGAUCAGCAGUACCAGAGAACGACAAAGAUGAUUUUGAUGAUAAUGUUCAUGUUCAUCUGCGUCGAGCUCCCCCAGGGACUCCUCAACGUGGCCAACACGAUAUCCCCGGUGUCGUUCUACUACUACCUCGGCGAUUUCAACGAGAUGAUGACGUUGUUGACAGCCUGCCUCAUCUUCUUCCUAUUCUGUGCAAUGAACGGAAGAUUACGAAAGGCGCUACUCGGCUCGCCGUGUUUUGUGUGGAUCCACGAGUUGGGGACAGCGGCGAAGAAGCGGAGGAGACUCCGCUCCACCGCCAAAGAUCAUCUCCUCGCAUCUUGUAGCGUCACUCAAACCCCAGCCCUCGAAAAGAAUGGCUACUCGUCGAUGCCUUUGACUAUCGAG